AAAGAAAACCAAAAUUCUCUCCGGCGAACCUCAAAUUCGCUUAAUUUUCUCUGAGAAACGACAAGGGCAUCUCCAGAAAUCCCCCAAUUGACAAACCCUAAUCCCCAAAUUCCAUGAUCUGUAGAUGGAUUGCAUUCAAUUCAAGCAAAGUGUCUCGUACUCUCUCUCCUUUCUCUUCUCUCUUAUUCACUAAAUCCUCCUUCUCCGUCGCCAAACUCGAAGAUGAGUCAUCACCCACAACCAAUUUCACUUCUGAUCUCAGAGACUUCUACCAAGAGAUUCUCUUUGGGAUGAAGAAGAUUGGGUUCCGUGAGUUUCUUCACGGGCAUCACUUUCGAGGUUUGGUUUCGGAAUUGAGACAGGUCCAUGUCGAGGAAAUCAUGGCUGAAUUGAUGUCUGAAAGCUCAGAUCUUUCGGUUUGGUUUUUCAAAGAGCUGAGAGAUAUUUAUGGGUUUCGUCAUUCGAGAUUUUCCACAUUAUUGGUUUCACAUAUUUUCGCUGGUCAACGACGUUUUAAAGAGCUUCUUGUGAUUCUCGAACAAUUGCUGCAAGAAGAAGGCAAGUCCUCUACUUUCUUUUGCUCUGGUUCAGCUUCUUUGCUUUGUGAACUUCUCUCUAGUAGCUUCAGAAAGUGGGAGUCUACGGGAUUAGUUUGGGAUAUGUUGUUGUUUCUUUCAUCAAGAUUGAGAAUGGUUGAUGAUUCUCUUUAUAUCUUGAAAAAGAUGAAGGAUCGGAACUUGAAUGUGUCGACACAGUCGUACAACUCCGUUUUGUAUAAUUUUAGAGAGACGGAUAAGAUGUGGGAUGUGUACAAGGAAAUCAAGGAUAAGAACGAGCACACGUACUCAACAGUUGUAGAUGGUUUGUGUAGGCAGCAAAAGCUAGAAGAUGCAGUUUUGUUCCUCCGAACUUCAGAGUGGAAGGAUAUUGGUCCCUCUGUAGUUUCAUUCAAUAGUAUUAUGUCAAGUUACUGUAAAUUGGGUUUUGUAGAUAUGGCGAAGUCGUUUUUCUGUACAGUUUUGAAAUGUGGAUUGGUUCCUAGUGUAUAUAGUCACAAUAUACUCAUCAACGGACUCUGUCUAGUUGGUUCUAUCGCAGAAGCUUUAGAGUUGGCUAGUGAUAUGAAUAAGCAUGGAGUGGAACCUGAUUCUGUGACAUACAAUAUUCUUGUGAAAGGGUUUCAUCUUCUCGGUAUGAUCAGUGGGGCUGGGGAGGUUAUUCAAGAUAUGUUGGAUAAAGGUUUGAGUCCUGAUGUUAUUACAUACACAAUAUUACUAUGCGGGCAAUGUCAGUUAGGAAAUAUUGACAUGGGUUUAAUAUUGCUGAAGGAUAUGUUGUCGAGGGGAUUUGAGUUAAACAGUAUCGUCCCCUAUAGUGUAAUGCUCAGUGGUUUAUGUAAAACAGGACGAGUAGAUGAAGCUUUGUCGUUAUUCUAUGAUUUGGAAGCCUAUGGUCUGACACCUGAUCUCGUGGCAUAUUCCAUUGUGAUUCAUGGCCUGUGCAAGUUAGGAAAAUUUGAUAUGGCUGUUAGGCUUUUCGACGAGAUGUGUUACAAAAGAAUUCUUCCGAAUUCUAGAACACUUGGUGCUAUUUUGCUCGGUUUAUGUCAGAAAGGGAUGUUACUUGAGGCAAGAUCGCUUCUGGAUUCUCUGAUUUCAAGUGGAGACACACUGGAUAUUAUUCUGUACAAUAUCGUAAUUGACGGGUAUGCAAAGUCUGGUUGCAUUAAGGAGGCGUUAGAGUUAUUCAAGUUAUAUGGAUUGGUUCCAAGUGUUGUGAGUUAUACAACUCUGAUGGAUGCGUACGCAAAUUGUGGAAGUAUCAAAAGCAUAGAAGAAUUGCUCAGGGAAAUGAAAGCAGAAGGAAUCCCACCAACCAAUGUCACUUACUCAGUGAUUUUUAAAGGACUUUGCGUAGGCUUGAAACUUGAAAAUUGCAACCAGGUACUCAGGGGAAGAAUACUCGAAAAAUUCAACCAUGUACUCAGGGACAUGGAAUCUGAAGGUAUAACUCCAGAUCAGAUCACAUUCAAUACAAUUAUUCAGUAUCUAUGCAGAGUUAAACAUUUAUCCAGAGCAUUUGAGUUAUUUGAAAAAAUGAAAUCUCAAAAUCUUGAUCCUACGUCUGCUACUUAUAAUAUUCUAAUCGACAGCCUUUGUGUCUACGGCUACAUAAGGAAAGCUGACAGGUUUCUCUAUUCGCUCCAGAGGCGGAAUGUUAGUUUGUCCAAAUUUGCUUAUACCACACUGAUCAAGGCACAUUGUGUAAAGGGUGACCCUGAAAUGGCAGUGAUUCUAUUUCAUCAGCUGGUGGACAGAGGAUUCGAUGUUUCUAUCAGGGACUAUAGUGCGGUGAUCAAUCGUUUGUGUAGGAGACAUUUAGCAAACGAGAGCAAAUACUUCUUCUGUCUAAUGUUAUCCCGCGGUAUUUCGCCUGACUUAGACAUUUGCGAAGUGAUGAUCAAGUCAGAUGAAUUGCUUUCCUGGACAAUCAAAUGGGGUUUGUUGCCUGAUCAGUAAUCAGAAAAGUUUUGUCUGUUGUCCCAUCUUAUCUGCUAACUGCAGAAGACACACAUUUUCAGCAGAGAAACUGUCUCAUGAGUGAUCCAGUUAACAGAUUAAUCUUAGCUACUGGAUGGUGUCAUCGGGCAACAAUAGUAUCACAUUGGCUUCUUUGACGAAUUGCGGUAAGUGAUGUUUCUUAGUAACCUUUGAAAUCGAUAAUGUGAACUUAUGAGGCCUUUUUGGUUAGAUUGGAAAUAUGGAACAGGGGACUUAUUAUGUCUUCCACUUUUUAUCAAGUUUCUACUUUCCUCAACCCAAACUCAAGUGUCUUGGUCGUUUUGCUGCUUGAGUCUAAGACUGUAAUUACUUUCUUCAGGUUCUUCUGAAGAUAAAGUCACUUGUUCUUG